CGCCAAACCCGUGCCAGUGCCCGCGCCACCCGAGCAGCAGCGACGCGGCGUUCAGACCCGGGCUGCGCCACCAGGGAGCAACCAUGUCACCAUUUCUUCGAAUCGGUUUGUCCAACUUCGACUGUGGGUCCUGCCAAUCUUGCCAGGGCGAGGCUGUGAACCCUUACUGUGCGGUGCUGGUCAAGGAGUUUGUUGAAUCAGAAAAUGGGCAGAUGUACAUCCAGAAAAAGCCAACCAUGUACCCCCCGUGGGACAGCACUUUUGAUGCUCACAUCAACAAGGGAAGAGUAAUGCAGAUCAUUGUAAAAGGCAAAAAUGUGGACCUUAUAUCUGAAACCACCGUAGAGCUAUACUCCCUGGCCGAGAGAUGCAGGAAGAACAAUGGGAAGACGGAAAUAUGGUUAGAGCUGAAACCUCAAGGACGAAUGCUAAUGAAUGCAAGAUACUUUCUGGAAAUGAGUGACACAAAAGACAUGAGUGAAUUUGAGGCUGAAGGCUUCUUUGCUCUGCAUCACCGCCGAGGAGCCAUCAAACAGGCCAAAGUCCACCAUGUCAAGUGCCACGAAUUCAUUGCCACCUUUUUCCCACAACCCACGUUUUGCUCUGUCUGCCACGAAUUUGUCUGGGGUCUGAACAAACAGGGCUACCAGUGUCGACAAUGUAAUGCAGCAAUUCACAAGAAGUGUAUUGAUAAAGUAAUAGCUAAGUGCACAGGAUCAGCUAUCAAUAGCCGAGAAACCAUGUUUCACAAGGAGAGAUUCAAGAUUGACAUGCCACACAGAUUUAAAGUCUACAACUACAAGAGCCCUACCUUCUGUGAGCACUGUGGGACUCUGCUGUGGGGACUUGCAAGGCAAGGCCUCAAGUGUGAUGCAUGUGGCAUGAAUGUCCAUCACCGAUGCCAGACAAAGGUCGCCAACCUCUGUGGUAUCAAUCAGAAGCUAAUGGCUGAAGCACUGGCAAUGAUUGAGAGCACCCAACAGGCUCGCUGCUUAAGAGAUUCAGAACACAUCUUCAGAGAAGGUCCAGUUGAAAUUGGUCUCCCAUCUUCCAUCAAAAAUGAAGCAAAGCCUCCAUAUUUACCAACACCCGGAAAAAGAGAGCCUCAGGGAAUCUCCUGGGAGUCUCCAUUGGAUGGGACGGAGAAAAUAUGCCAUCAUCCAGAACCUGAACUGAACACAGAAAGACCAUCUCUGCAUAUAAAACUCAAAAUUGAGGAUUUUAUCUUGCACAAAAUGUUGGGGAAAGGAAGUUUUGGCAAGGUCUUCCUAGCGGAGUUCAAGAAAACCAAUCAAUUUUUUGCAAUAAAAGCCUUAAAGAAGGAUGUGGUUUUGAUGGACGACGAUGUUGAGUGUACCAUGGUAGAAAAGAGAGUCCUAUCCUUGGCCUGGGAGCAUCCGUUUCUAACUCACAUGUUCUGUACGUUCCAGACCAAGGAAAACCUCUUUUUUGUGAUGGAGUAUCUCAACGGAGGAGACUUAAUGUACCACAUCCAAAGUUGCCACAAAUUUGAUCUUUCCAGAGCCACGUUUUAUGCUGCUGAAAUCAUCCUUGGUCUGCAGUUCCUUCAUUCCAAAGGAAUUGUCUAUAGGGACUUGAAGCUAGAUAAUAUCCUGCUAGACAAAGAUGGGCAUAUCAAAAUAGCAGAUUUUGGGAUGUGCAAGGAGAACAUGCUGGGAGAUGCAAAGACCAACACUUUCUGCGGGACCCCUGACUACAUCGCCCCGGAGAUCUUGCUGGGUCAGAGGUACAACCAUUCGGUGGACUGGUGGUCCUUUGGGGUUCUCCUAUAUGAAAUGUUGAUUGGCCAGUCCCCUUUCCAUGGGCAAGAUGAGGAAGAGCUGUUCCACUCCAUCCGCAUGGACAAUCCCUUUUACCCACGAUGGCUCGAGAAGGAGGCCAAGGACCUUUUAGUGAAGCUCUUUGUGAGAGAACCGGAAAAGAGGCUGGGAGUCAAGGGCGACAUCCGCCAGCAUCCUAUGUUUCGGGAGAUCAACUGGGAGGAACUUGAGAGAAAGAAGAUUGACCCACCUUUCAGGCCCAAAGUGAAAUCACCCUACGACUGUAGCAAUUUCGACAAAGAAUUCUUGAAUGAGAAACCCCGCCUGUCGUUUGCUGAUAGAGCCCUGAUCAACAGCAUGGACCAGAAUAUGUUUAGGAACUUUUCCUUCGUUAACCCAGGGAUGGAGGGGCUCAUCUCAUGAACCCCGCCUCUGCAGAGCCUCGAGGGAAUUCAUCUUCUUCCUGUCCCCAGUUCCAGCAACACUUCUUGGGUCCCUUCUUCAAGAAGGAAAAGGAAAGAAACACUCGACAAUAAAGGCUGAGUGAGCCCUUUUAGCACCUCACGUGACAUUUUAUCUGUAGCAGAAACCAACUCUACUUCACUAAUGACAAAGUCCUGUUUUAUCUCCUGGCAUCUUUCACAGCCGCCCUUGAAGUUAGGUCAUUACUAACCCUAGCUAUUUACUUGAAAAAUGGCUCUCUACACUGUGAAAGAUUUGAAACCUAAUACUUCUCUAAAUUAUGGUUCUUCCCUUGGGCAUCAACUGCUGAUCAAUGAAAUGUUCGAUGAAUUAAGGAGCAAAGUAGUACAAAGACCAAAACAGCCAUCACCUAGCCUAGAAGUGGAUCUCACUUAGCCGCAGACUAGUAACCACUAACCCAUUUCAUGCUACGUGUACCUGUGCAACGGUAAAUGGUUUGGUGGGGGAACCCUGCAUAGGUUCUCAUGGGAUUCUUCACAAUAAACGUAGCUUGAACUUGAGAUUCACAAAUCCAUUCAUUCUGAUUAGCCAUAAAAUUCACAGAAAAGAGGAAAAUGGAAAGAGCUUGUGUGACCGGAUAGGGAAGGCUCACUAAUUAGAACACCUACGCUGGUUGUCUUGUCAACGUAGAAAUUAAGUUCAGAGUCCAGCAAAGAUAGUAUCAUUUUACUCCUGUCUGUCAUUCUCGGGUGAUUGCAGGACCAGUGCUGUCAUUCAUCACCAUCCUCACACCACGACAAGAAAAGAAAUGAAGUGCAUGAUUUUUCUAAAAGAAAAGAUCACCAGUCCCUCCUAUGCCAUCACUGGUGAUUUGAGGACAAGCCUCUCUUUAGGCCUCAUUCAAGAUAAACAACCCACGCAUGCGAUUUGCAGUAGUCGAUCUCAUUUUAUUAGAAUCCUAACUAUACAUUUUAAAGUAUUUGUGCUGUUUGUAUAUUUUGAUAAACUGUUGUGACUUGAUGACAAAGAGGUAGAUGUGUAAAAAUGGAAUAAAUAAAGAAAGAUGCUUCUUUAAUA